GAGUAGAUUAGCCUAUGUUUGUGCGACCAUGAACGAAAUUAAGGAAGUGGUUGUUGUUGUUAAAUGGAGCGGCAAGGAGUACCCGGUAGACCUGACCGACCAGGACACUGUCGAAGUGCUGCGUCAUGAGAUCUUCCGCAAGACACAGGUGCGCCCGGAGCGCCAAAAACUAUUAAAUCUGAAGUACAAAGGAAAAACCGCUGCGGACAAUGUAAAGAUAGGUGCCCUGGAGCUGAAGUCGAAUUUCAAGCUGAUGAUGGUCGGCUCGAAAGAGGCGGACAUUGAGGAUGCUUGUCGCUUGCCCGAGGAUGUGGGUGAAGUGGUGGAUGACUUCGAUGACGCCGAGGAGCGCGAAGAGUCCGUGGAAAACUCGGCAGUGUAUCUGGCCAAGGUGCAGCGUCGCGUCCGCGACUACAAGAUAAAUGAGCUGUCGCCGCCUCGCGAGGGCAAGAAAUUGCUCGUCCUGGACAUAGACUAUACGCUCUUCGAUCACCGCUCGCCCGCAGAGACAGGCUCAGAACUGAUGCGCCCGUACUUGCACACGUUUCUCGAAUCCGCCUAUGUGGAUUACGAUAUAGUGAUCUGGUCGGCCACCAGCAUGCGCUGGAUUGAGGAGAAGAUGCGUCUGCUGGGAGUGACCAACAAUGACAGCUACAAAAUUAUGUUCUACCUCGACUCGAAUGCGAUGAUCUCAGUGCACGUUCAGGAACGCGGUGUUGUGGACGUUAAGCCCCUGGGCGUCAUCUGGGCCCUCUACAAGCAGUAUAACUCCAGCAACACCAUUAUGUUCGACGACAUUCGCCGCAACUUCCUAAUGAAUCCCAAGUCCGGCCUCAAGAUACGCCCCUUCCGGCAGGCUCACCUCAAUCGCGCCACGGACACGGAGCUACUGAAGCUCGCGGAAUACUUGCGCAAGAUAGCCCUUCACUGCAAGGACUUCAAUUCGCUGAACCAUCGCAAGUGGGAGAGCUACCAUCCCAAAAAGAACUCCUGAACAGCCAGCCGCCUGAACAUUUGUCUCAGUGUUCCGCUUCGAUUGUAUGUAAGAUUCGCAUUAGUUUAUUAAAUUAAGAUGCAUUUUGUACGCGUCCCAGACAA